AUGGCCGUGUUAUAUCCCCAGACUGCUAGGGGCUUGGUAGGAGUUGAUAUUACCAAGCCAGCCGGGGAGAGCGAUAAGAAGGGGUAUGGUAGUACACUCCCAGAGGGCCUUGGUCUUGACCAUCCCUCUGAUGUAAUGGAGUUGCAACUAGCAGUACAUGCCUUAGAGUUAGAGAAUGCUGCAUUGAAGAGGCGAGCGAAGGAGAGGAGUAGGACAUUGGAGGAAGCUCAGAAGAAGGUACAGUCACUACAGGAAGCCCUGAGAGAGGCAGAGCUAUCGAAUACUCAGUCUACUGCUACUGAUGGCUCUAUGACCACCUAUGGUGUAGUGAGUGAAAGCUUACGGAAGGUAGUUGGUCUCCUUACUGAAGCAGGACAGCAGUUGCACAGGCCUAAGGAAUGUGGUGCACUCCUUAUAGAGGCUGCAGAGAGGAUAGCGGAGAUAGACGAGAGCAUGAGGAGGAGGAAGAUCAUGUCAUCGGGGGGCCAGGAGAGGGGCGUUGAUGAUGAUAGCAGCAGCAAGAAGGUGAAGACGUUGGAAGUCGAGGUAGAGGACUUGAGGAAGAAGUUAGCAGAGGCCGAGAGGAUGAUCACUAGCUCCCAUGCUAGGGAGUUCGAUUUGGUCAUUAUAGCAGCAUGUGUAGAGGCUGACUCAUCGUUCUCCAGUUGA